UUGCAGAAAGAGUUGAAGUUUGGUACAUAACGUCACGCCUGGAAAGUGGGAAGCUGUCGGAAGCGUCGUCUGCAUCCUAACCUCGUCACGUCAAGAUGUCACUGUGUUUUAUUCGACAUAAAGUAUCGCAUCAGCCCCCGAUAUACCCGACAAUAUUACGAUAGAACAGAGAAAUUCGCAUGACAGGGUGAAAUUUUGGUCGGCAAAUUUUUGUCAAUAGUUUAUACAAAAAUACCCUUGGUCAAUCGAACAUGUGGGUGUUUGGUUAUGGUUCGUUAAUUUGGAAGGCGGAUUUUCCCUACGAGAGAAAAUUGGUCGGACACAUCAAAGGCUAUGUAAGAAGAUUUUAUCAGAAAAGCACGGACCACCGAGGCACAUCGAUCAGGCCAGGACGAGUUGUUACCCUUCUGUCAUCAACGAAUCCGCAGGACGAGGUUUGGGGUCUUGCGUACAAAAUCGCCAACGAAAACAUCGACCAUGUCGUAAAUCACCUGGAUUUCAGGGAGAAAGGAGGAUAUGAGAGAAAAACUGUUCUCUUCUACCCUGCUAGCCCUCCCCGAACCAUUGAUCCGUCCUCCUUGAAUACCAGCUUCUCCUCCAGCAGUAGUUUGACCAAAAAUCCAAAAAUCCCAGUGUCGCCUACUCCCUCGGAGGAGACGCCGUUUCAACUCACUAUUUACAUCGGAGGCGAGGACAACCCGAAUUUCGCUGGAGCUGAGGACAUGGACACAAUAGCUGAACAUAUUUUGGUCGCUCAUGGUCCAAGUGGAGCUAAUGUAGAAUAUUUGUACAAAUUAGCCAAUGCAAUGAGAACCGUCGCUCCGGGAGUCAAUGACCAACAUUUGUUUAGUCUUGAAGCUCGAGUUAGAAAGUUAGAGGAAGAGAAAGAAGCUGAAGUGUUAUCGACAUAUCAAGAGUCCUGCAACUGUAGAGAUUGAAAUGAGAAAAUUUGUUCGGGUAAAGCAUAUCUUUGGACAAUUUGACAAAAUGUAGCAACAAUUUCAAUACUAUUACAUGUAAACUUCAUAUUGAAGCUCGUGUGUAUCAUUGAGAUUUCUAGUUUCAUACUUGUUGUAUCUUUGAAAUGAUCUGUAAUUUCUUCUACUGUUUCUGUUUGCAUAUACCCUUACAGAUAAAUCGAUAAAAAUUUA